UAAAUAAGGGGCACUUGUUCUAAGGAAGAGGAGGAUAGUGGAGGGGGAAAGCACCUCGAGGGUAUGUGAAAACCCUCGAGUUGAGAAGGUGAGAUGGUGAAAGGGAGUUCGGGUGAGAGAAGAAAACAGAGAGAAAAACAAUAGAGAGAAAGAAGAGAGGAGGGGCGGAGAGGAGUUUGGAAAAGGGAGCUCUCUCUAAGAAACUAUCGAAUUUGAGAGUUGGGCAAGAGCCGAGAGCUUCAAGAGAGAAAUUCAAGGGAGAAAGAGCUCUCCCAUUUUUUUGAGAAAGAGAGAGAGAGAGAGAGCGCAAGGUAGAAAGGGGUCAGGUGAGAACAGAGGAAUUUGAGAGAGAGGGAGGAGAAGUUUUUUUUUUUUUUUUGAGAAGUCAUCGAAAGUUUACUAUUCAUCGUCUCCUUCCCUGAGACGAAGAGCAGAAUGGCGGCCUUCCUUUCCCGCCAUUGGUUCCUGAUCCAUCAUCCCCUCUAAAGAGGGUGGAAGAGUGGCGGUGGAGUGCAUUUCGUCCCUUUGAUUCGGCACAUAUUCAGAUUCCCCACCUGAACCAGCUGUAGUAUACUCUACUGGAGAUAUUCAUCUCAAAGUUCUAUUCUAGUAAAAUUAUUCAAAACAGCUUUGGGGUUUGCUAGCCCAACCAAUGCCGAUAGCAGCAUUGUUUGGUCGCUCUAAGGUCACAUUGAGUAAGCGGCACUUUUCAAUUAUGUGAAAGACUGAAGAGUGAUGACGAUGGAGUGAUGGUCUAAUGGCUUGCAGUACGCGUCCACUUUUCAAGCAAUCAGGCUGCGUAUAAUUCCUUCACAAUUUCGAGUUUCGCCUACUCCAAUAUUAAGCUCAAGCCCUAUGACUGGCGUUAUAUCAGAGAAUCCUGGGAAAGAUCAAGGAAAGUCAGAAAUAUUCCACUACAGACACAAUCCUGUGAAUGUCGGACUCAAAAUCUGCAUACUUAUAGACAAAGUUGAUCUUCCACCUUGGUUCUCUUCAUUGUCAAUUGCACUCAGGUCAGAUGUGGACGUUAUGAUGCCAUCUGGUUAUUGUGUUAUUCCAAUUUCAUCCCACUAACCAGGAUAAUGGGAGCACAUCUAAAAGUAUGCUCCCCAUUAUAUGCUUCCGGGAUGGCAGUCUUCCUGUUCCAGAUGCCUCAAACACUUAUUUAAAAGGUUUAGGAUUAUCAGUUUCUGCAUAAUCUUCUCCUCAUGAUCUAAGAAUUUUGAGGGCUACAUCUACUCAUCUACAUUAAAGCCUUUCCCUAAUGGAACUGUUGGAGGUUUACAGAAUUUUUCAGAUGUGGAACAGUGCCAUCUUUUGCAGAAAAACAUGAUGGUUAAAUUGACAAAUGAGCAGAUCUCUCCAGGAGUUUGGUACCUUGGUUUCUUCAAUGGCAUUGGACCUGUGAGAACACAAUCAAAAAUGAUUAUUCGAGGCUCAGCAUACUCAUUCAGUGCCAAUAUAAGUGUAGAAGGGUGCACAACCUCGACAGUGUGUGGUCCAUACUGCAACCAGACAGUUGAUACACUUACAUGUGCUACAUUUGGUGUCCACAAGCAGCCAAGAUAUCUUUUAGAUGAAAUGCACAACCAGACAGUGGGAAGUGUUGUUGGCUGCCAAAAUUCUUUUGGAGCUGUAUGCCAUGGAGAUGGUGAGCUCAAAAUUUACUCUUUGGAGGUGGCAGGGGCAGCGACACAAUUGAUAAUUAAGGCCACAAAUAUCCGAUCUGGUCAAACAAGUGCUGCAAAUAAGACAGAGAAUGCCAGUGGAAUUGUUUUGAUGUGUUUUGCUCGACAUGGUGCAGUUCCUCUGACAACUUCCUACGAUUAUUCAAGUGACUUGGCUAAAAUGCCUUUGGUUAUUAAUUCACCAAAGGUAGGUCGCUGGUAUUUCAACAUUCUACCCAUUAAUCAGUCAAAAGUACAUGGAAAUAUGCAAGAUAUGAAUAUUACAGCUGAUCUUUGUUACUCCAUGGAGUGGAAAACAAUUGAAUGUCCAUUUGGAAAGGCUGGGCCUAACUGUACAUGGCAAAAAUACAUGCUUCAGACUGUCCUUAGGAAAAAUCCCUCUGCUCCAUUUGAGUCGUAUUAUUUACCAAUUGAUGAAAAGCUGUCCUUGGAAUCAGCUAAUUUCCCUCUGGAGCCCCUUCUAAGCAACUUCUCAUUUAGAAACAAAUUAGAUGUUGCUUGGACUUACUUUCUUCUGGACAUUCCUAAUGGUGUAGCUGGAGGCAAUAUGCGCAUCCAAAUAAAGUCGGAUACAAAAGUAGAAUAUGAAAUAUAUGCCAGGUUUGGAGGGUUACCUUCCACUGAUACCUGGGAUUACUAUUAUGUGAACAGGACAACUAAUAGCAAUGGAUCCAUGUUUUUCAAAUUGUAUGAUUCUAGUGACAAAGGAGUGGACUUUUAUAUCUUAUAUGCUAGAGAAGGAACUUGGGGUCUUGGACUGAGGCAUGGUAGACCUUCCAAACUUCUGACUAUAAUGUCUAUUUCUAUUGAGAGAUGUCCAAAACGAUGUUCUGGUCAUGGGUCAUGCCAAUCUGUUGUGGAUGCAAGUGGUUUGACACUAUACAGCUAUUGCUCCUGUGAUCGGAACCAUGGAGGCUUUGAUUGCAGUGUUGAAAUUGUGUCACGCCAAGGACAUAAAUGGCAGUCAAUUGCACUUGUUGCAUCAAAUGCAGCAGCCUUAUUGCCUGCAUUUUGGUCCCUUCGGAAAAAGGCUUUUGCGGAGUGGGUGCUCUUCACAUCAAGUGGAAUUUCAAGUGGGUUGUAUCAUGCAUGUGAUGUAGGCACCUGGUGUGCUCUCUCUUUUCAUGUUUUGCAGUUUAUGGACUUCUGGCUUUCCUUCAUGGCUGUUGUUAGUACCUUUGUUUAUUUAACCUUUAUUGGCGAAGAUUCAAAAAGGGCACUUCAUACGUCUGUGUCAAUUCUUACAGCUCUCAUGGCUGCAACAGGAGCAACCAGGUCUUUCAAUAUAGUUAUUGUCCUAGCUAUAGGAGCUCUAGGUCUUCUUAUUGGAUGGUUGAUAGAGUUCUCUACUACACAUCGGUCAAUUCAUUGGUCACCUGGGUUCUGUUCGAAUUGCCUUCAUGGGUGGCAAAACAUUGGAGAAAGGUUCCAGGGUCUUAUCAAGACACUAUUUAAACGUUUUCAUUGGUUUUUUUCGCUCCUGGGUUGCAUUGCAUUGUCCAUGGCUGCAAUCAGCUGGAAACUGGAAAGCAGUGAAAGCUAUUGGAUUUGGCAUAGUUUGUGGCAUGUGACGAUAUACACAUCUUCUUUCUUCUUCUUAUGCUCAAAAGUGACAGCUAUAGAUACUAGGAACAAUGGACUCCCUGAUGGAGAAUAUGCUCUGACGAGGCAAAAUUCAUUAUCAAGAGGUGAAUAAGCAUAGAGUAAAAGGCAGAUGCAAAUCAGUUGACAACUAGAAGGAAUGUGUAUAUCUUAUUAAUGACAUGGCAUGGUCAAGGUGAGCUUCAGAGCCCAAGCAAUACAAUUUGCAGUAUCGACCAAAGUCCACUGGUAAAUCUACAAGUUGUACAGCUUUCUCUUUCCCCACACUAAAACUCUAAUAAGUUUACCAUUUCAAUCCUUUAAUUUAUGCAUUCAUUCAACAUACAAGUCAAAAAUAAAAAGGGAAUGGAAGGCCAUGGUAACAGUGACAGUUGCAGGUAGAAUAAAAGUCGGGACGGCAUAGAUGGUUUUGGCAUGUAAAGUUGAGUUUAUUUUGUUAUACAACAUUUUGAUUCAGUUGCAGGAAGAUAGAAGAAUCAAGAGACAUGAUAGGAGGGGUGAUUUUGGCAUGUAAGUCCAGUUUAUUUUGUUAUAUGCCAAAUUAAUACGUGUGCACCUGAGCAAAAAUGAAAAAAAAAGAGCAAAAGAUUAUGCAUGUACUAGUUGUAUGGGAUUUUUUGCGGUUGUAACAGACAAAAACAAGCACCCCUCUCCCGGGGGUGAAUUUUGAUGAAUGCCAGCUUAUUGGUUACCACUUU